AUGGCUUAUCCAAGUACUUCUUACGAAAUUGGUCAAUAUUUGGAUAAGGCCGGAGCUGUUGAAAAAAAUAUUGAUAUCAUUAGAAAUAAUAUUGGGCGCAUCAAAGAAUUGCAAACUCUUAUUUUAGGAAGUACUUUGAUACAGAAAGAAGACUCUUAUAGAAAUGAGCGUGAUGGUCUUAUAAAUAAUACGCGACAAUUGAUUAUUGAAAAUAAAGAUCAAAUUAAACAGUUGGAGCAUGAAAAUGCACAAUUGUCCACUUUAAAUCCUAAUUAUGACAUCCAUAAACGAAGAAAUGAAUUUUUAAGAGAAAAGCUCUCAAAUGCUAUCAAAGAAUAUCAAGAAGUUGCAAACGCCUAUAUACGUCAACAAGAAGAUAGAAUGGCUCGACAAUAUAAAGUCGUAAACCCAAAUGCGACACAAAAUGAAAUUAAUAAUUAUUUAUCAAAUCCGACACAACCGGUUUUUCAACAAGCUAUUUUACGUACCGGUGAGGCGCAUUCUGUAUUGGACCAAGUAAAAAAACGACAUGAUGACAUAAAAAAUAUCGAACAAACUAUUGCGGAACUUACUACCCUCUUCAAAGAGUUACAAUUUCAAGUUGAAGCUCAAGAUCCAACUAUUGUUCACAUUGAACAAAAUACAGGCGAAGCCGUAAAUAAGUUAGAAAAAGCAGGAGACAACUUGAGUAAGGCACGUUUUAGUGCAGUAUCUGCUAGAAAAAAGAAAUGGAUUUGUUUUGGAAUACUUCUUCUUAUUGCUAUUAUUCUCGUCGUCGUCAUUGUUCUUAAAAUUCCAAAGUCUAAUUCAAAUUCCUCACCAAGCACAACGCAACAAAGAUGUAACUAUAUAUUAACUCAAGCACCACACAAACGUAAUCAAACUAAUACUGUCAA